UGAUUCAAUGUCUCACAUUGUUACCUUUGUAUAUUAAAAAUGACAGCAGAUCUAGAAGCACACAUUACUAAGAAAUAUGAUAUAAAAAAACGGCUUGGUAAAGGAGCAUAUGGCAUUGUAUGGAAAGCUACUGACCGAAAAACAGGGGAUGUUGUUGCUGUUAAAAAGAUAUUUGAUGCUUUUAGAAAUGAAACAGAUGCACAGAGAACAUUCCGGGAGAUUAUGUUUCUUAAAAAUUUCUGUGAUCAUCCAAAUGUCAUAAAAUUACAGAAAGUGAUAAAAGCUGAAAAUGAUCAUGACAUCUACCUUGUGUUUGAAUUCAUGGACACAGAUCUUCAUAAUGUAAUUAAACGUGGAAAUAUUCUUAAAGAUGUUCACAAGCGCUAUAUUAUGUAUCAGUUAUUUAAAGCAACCAAAUACUUACAUUCUGGCAAUGUUAUUCAUAGGGAUCAGAAGCCAUCGAAUAUUCUAUUAAAUAGUGAUUGUCUGGUAAAGCUAUGUGAUUUUGGCUUAGCAAGAUCUAUAUCUCAAAUUGGGAAAGAUGAGACAGGUGACCCAAAUUUAACAGAAUAUGUUGCAACUCGAUGGUAUCGUGCACCAGAGAUUCUCCUUGGAUCUCAUAAGUAUACAAAAGGUGUUGACAUGUGGAGCCUUGGUUGUAUUUUAGGAGAAAUGUUAACUGGAAAGCCACUGUUCCCAGGGUCCUCUACAAUUAAUCAAAUUGAAGUAAUCAUGUCAACCAUUCAGCCACCUAAACAAGAAGAUAUUGACAGUCUCAAAACUAUGUAUGGUGCAUCUAUUUUAGAGAAAGCUCAAUUAAGACCAAAGAAAGAAUUAUCAGAAAUAUUAAAGGAUAUAUCACCUGAAGCUGUAGAUUUGGUGAUGAAGUUACUACAUUUCAAUCCUGACAAAAGAAUCACAGUAGAUGAAGGCUUACAACAUCCAUAUGUUGCCCGAUUCCGGAAACCACAUGAAGAGAUCAGUCUUGACAGUGAUAUUGUACCAUGCUUCAGUGAUGAAAUUCAACUCUCUGUUGAAGAUUACAGAAAGAAGUUAUAUGAGAUGAUUGUUGAGAAAAAUUUUUGGCAAACAAAACAUCACGAUAAAAUUGACAGCAUGAGGUUACAAAAAGAAAGAACGUUUUAUAAAGAAAACAGAAAGCAGCUUUCUCCAUUAACAGCUGUAGGUUGUCCAUAUACUGCAGGACCUGAUGUUAGUAGGGAUUCUCUACUCUCUGCAAGUAAAUCACGUCUCUCUGAAAAGGUAAAGACACACACUCAAAUGUCAGAUGAUAUGCAGAAUACUACUCCCCAACAUUUACAAAACCAACUCAAGCCUGUUUCCAGGUUUAAACUACUCGAAAAUUCCAGUCAUGCUGUUGAACCAAACAAAGUAAGUAUAAAUGAACAAGAGAACAACAACCCUCGACCAGAAUCAGCAAAAAGCAUUCCACCCAGGCCUGCAUAUGGUCGGCGUCAGUUUAACAAUAUUAUGAACAACCCUUCUGUUGGUGUAGCCAAGUAUACUUUCGGCAGUUAUUCUCAGGCAUAUGGGACAAUUACUGCAAGCGGUCUAGCUGCUUUGAAUAAGAAAAAAUAUUGACGUUUAUUUUAUAUUUAUUCUAUUUUAUUUUUGUGUGAGAAGCUUUGCAAGCAGAAUAUUUUAUUGAUUUCUUUGUGCCGUUACAUUAUAUUCAGAAAAAGAUAUCUUUUAAGACUGUAAUUAUAACCGUAAACAAUAAUCUUGUACUCAAAACAUCUUGUAUUUUAUUUUGAAUUAAUAUUGAAUCAAAUUAUAUAUAUUGCAGAAAUAAAUCUUUCUUUAAUUGGUUUUUAUUCAUCAUAUUGACCAAUAAAAAAAAAAGUUGUU